GGGGUGUUCCAGGAGAUGGUAAAGCACGAGUGUUACUUCAUUAAUGGCACGGAGAAGGUGAGGUUCGUGGAGAGGUACAUCUACAACCGGGUGCAGUACGCGGUGUUCGACAGCGACGUGGGGCUGCACGUGGGGUUCACCCCCUAUGGGGAGAGGGUUGCCAAGGACUGGAACAGCGACCCGGAAUGGAUGGAGGAGCAACGGACUGCGGUGGACUGGUACUGCCGGCACAACUACCCGAUUGUUGCCCCGUUCAGCGUGGAGCGCCGAG